CUCUUUUGUAGUGAAAUAUUUGUGCUGAACUUCGAUGUCGGCCUCGGCCUCAUCUUUUGUAAUUUUAUAACAAAACGUGCAAAUUGCAACCGUUCGAUUAUUACGAGUGUUGUUUAAACAAAAAACGACAUGAAAAUGGAGUGGACUCCUCAACAAGAAGGACUAAGGGAAAUUUUAACCUUACUCAAAGAAUCACAAUCACCAGACACAGCAACCCAAAGGACUGUGCAGCAAAAAUUAGAGGAGCUGAACAAAUACCCCGACUUCAAUAACUACCUGAUGUUCGUUUUGACAAAAUUAACCUCAGAAGAUGAGCCCACCAGGUCGUUGAGCGGUUUAAUAUUGAAGAACAAUGUUAAAACGCAUUACACUAACCUGCAAGUCAAUGUAACGAAUUUUGUUAAAAACGAGUGUUUACAAGCCGUCGGAGACCCGUCACCCUUGAUCAGAGCCACGGUGGGAAUCCUCAUCACCACAAUAGCCAGCAAAGGCGACCUGUCGUCGUGGCCUGAGCUGCUACCAGCCUUAUGCACAAUGUUGGACUCCCAGGACUACAACGUAUGCGAAGGGGCCUUCGGCGCCCUGCAGAAAAUCUGCGAAGACUCCGCUGAGGCCCUCGACGCCGACACCACAAACAGACCCCUCGAGAUUUUAAUACCCAAGUUUUUACAAUUUUUUAACCACUCGAGUCCCAAAAUCCGCUCCUAUGCCAUCGGCUGUGUGAAUCAGUUUAUAACACAUCGUGCGAAAGCCCUCAUGUCACACAUCGACUCUUUUUUAACGAAUUUGUUUCAUGUUGCCACUGAUGACGAUCCAGAGGUUCGCAAAAAUGUGUGUAGGGCUUUAGUUAUGUUGUUAGAAGUGAGGCUGGAUAGGCUCAUACCUCAGAUUGAAAAUAUUAUCGAGUAUAUGUUAGUCAGAACGCAGGAUACUGAUGAGGGGGUGGCUCUGGAGGCUUGUGAAUUUUGGUUGUCGCUGGCUGAGCAACCUGUGUGUAGGAACGUUCUAGGACCUUACCUCAGUAGGCUCAUUCCUGUGUUAGUCAGGAGUAUGAAGUAUUCAGAAAUCGACAUUAUAUUGCUCAAAGGUGAUGUAGAGGAGGACGAGACGGUCCCCGAUCGGGAAGAGGAUAUUAGACCUCGUUUUCACAAAUCAAAAUCAACAAUUAAACCAAACCCACAACAAAACGGCACAAAUUCCGAAAACGGCGUCGUAGAAGCGGACGACGAUUUUGACGACGGCGACGACGGAGAUGACGGUUCGUUGUCAGACUGGAACCUUCGAAAAUGCAGCGCCGCAGCCUUAGACGUGCUCGCAAAUGUGUUCAGGGAAGACUUAUUGCCAAUUCUCACACCAAUCCUCAAGGAAACGCUGUUCCACCAAGACUGGAAUAUCAAAGAGUCGGGAAUAUUGGCCCUAGGUGCUAUCGCGGAAGGAUGCAUGUCGGGAAUGGUGAACUACCUGCCCGAGUUGAUCCCGUACUUGUUCAGUUGUUUGAACGACAAAAAAGCGCUCGUUAGAGCGAUAACUUGCUGGACGCUGAGCAGAUACUCACACUGGGUGGUCGCUCAGCCCCACGAUUUGUAUCUGAAGCCUUUAAUGACUGAACUACUUAAGAAGAUUCUCGACGGGAAUAAGCGGGUUCAGGAAGCUGCUUGCUCUGCGUUCGCUACUUUGGAGGAGGAAGCGUGCACCGAACUUGUGCCAUAUUUAGGUUUUAUAUUAGAAACUUUAGUAUUCGCAUUUUCUAAAUACCAGCACAAGAAUUUGUUAAUUUUGUACGACGCUAUUGGCACUUUGGCCGAUUCGGUAGGGCACCAUCUGAACAAACCCGACUUUAUCAAUAUGCUAAUGCCGCCGCUGAUCCAGAAGUGGAAUAUACUGAAGGACGAGGAUAAAGAUCUCUUUCCGCUUUUGGAGUGUCUUUCGAGCAUCGCAACAGCCUUACAGUCGGGAUUUUUGCCCUAUUGUGAACCAGUCUAUUGUAGAUGCGUUUCUUUAGUCCAACAUACGCUUUAUCUGCAGAUGGCGAAUAUGCAAAAUCCGGAGCAGUUCGAUGCUCCCGAUAAGGAUUUUAUGAUCGUAGCUUUGGAUUUGCUGUCGGGCUUAGCUGAGGGAUUAGAUGGUCAUAUAGAAAAAUUAGUGCAAAAUAGUAAUAUAAUGGACUUGCUCCACCACUGUAUGCAAGAUUCCAUGCCUGAAGUCAGGCAGUCGUCUUUUGCGUUACUCGGUGAUCUUACCAAAGCUUGUUUUCAACACGUACGUCCACGUAUACCUGAUUUUUUACCAAUUCUUGGGCAGAAUUUGAAUCCUGAGUAUAUUUCUGUGUGUAAUAACGCGACAUGGGCGAUUGGAGAAAUUAGUAUUAAAUUUGGUGCGGACACGCGACCGUAUAUACCUUUAGUAUUAAAUCAAUUGAUCGAAAUUAUUAACAGGCCAAAUACUCCAAAAACAUUAUCAGAAAAUACUGCCAUAACAAUUGGUCGACUAGGUUUUGUCUGCCCCCAUGAUGUCGCGCCCAUGUUACAACAGUUUGUACGACAGUGGUGCAUAUCGUUGCGAAAUAUCAGAGAUAACGAAGAAAAAGACAAUGCUUUUCGUGGAAUGUGUCAAAUGAUCCAGUUGAACCCUGGAGGUGUAGUGAAUGAUUUUAUUUUCUUCUGUGAUGCGGUAGCGUCAUGGAUUACGCCCAAAGAUGACCUGAAAGAGGCUUUUAUCAAGAUUUUACACAGUUUUAAAACGCAAGUGGGUCCAGAUAAUUGGAGGCGUUUUAGUGAUCAGUUUCCACCACAACUUAAUGAAAGACUUUCAACACUUUAUGGAAUAUGAAGUUACACAGGGUACCGGGGGUUAUAGACAAUUUGUAGAACCGGGGUGGGGCAACUUGGAACAGUCAAGAAACUCAAGCCAGGUUUUACCAGGAUCAAGAGGGUGGGUUCUUUAGAAACUUAUUUAACUAUCAACAAGGAGAACCUAUACUCGAAAGUUGUUAUUGUUAACUGUCACCUAAUUUAAGAAGUAUUGAUUUGUUUUCGUUUUUUACAUAGUAACAAAAGACUGAGUAUAGGUUUAACUAAUAAAAAUUAAUGUUAAAGUGGGAUUUCCGAGGAAAACAGGGCUUAAGUGUGUAGUAUUUCACCAUACAUAAGUCUAAGUAAUUCUACAGUGCACUUAUUUAAUUAAGCAUCAGUUUAAUUGUUAGAUAAUUGAAAGUUAAAAACUACACACUUAAGUUGGAUAAAUUAUAGAAUAAGUAGCUAUGCAUGUGGUUUGGUAUUCUAGGUUCUGUUUGUUAAAGCGUUGUGUGAGUGCUUAACAGAAUUAGUUUUUCUUUGUCAAAUUUCCGAAUUUGAGAAAGAAAUAUAAUGCAGAAGUGUCUGCCGUUAAAUUCGGUCUUUGUAAACCUUGAUCCUUAUGAGGACUUCUGGCUCCUAACCUAGUCCUUCCCAGAUCCUAAUCAAUUAUCCACUGUGAUUUGACAGGCCCGUGAGUGAAUGUGUUUUGUAAUAUAUAAAGUCAUGUGAUAAUAAGUUAGUGAACAUGAAAUCCUUAAAGUUUAUUUGUGAUACUUCUAGAUAUAUUAUAACUAUAAUAAGACUUGCAAGUAUUAGUCAAUGGUUUUUUAUAGAUGUAUAUUCAGGUUUGUACAGUACUUGCCAAAAAUAUUGGUAUCAAAUUUAAUUUAACGACGAUAAGUGAGACCUUCAACAUUGUUUCAUUUUUUAGAUGCAAUAUUUACUCAUCGUUGUUUCUAGUUUUUGUUUUGUUGUAUUUCUAAGUGUGAAUGAGUUAUCCUUUCGGCUACAGAAGUCUUCGUUCCUUCAACACUCCGUGAUCCAUUCCUUUUGCGUGUUACACGCAUUCCUGUCUCAUUUUAAGUUAAGUUUUAUUUAGGUGUGAUUAUUUGUUUAGCCACCUAGAGCGCAAGGAAGUACUUUCUGUUUCAUUCUAUGUUGUGUUUAGUUCGUUAAUUUAUAUGCACAGGCUAAAUAGGUAUUCAUGUCCGGUAUUUAUCCUCGUCUUCAGUUAACAAAUGUGAUUGGUGUAAAGUGUUAAUAACUGAACAGAUUGUCGCUUUAAUAAAGAAUAUGUUUCAAUAAUACCAAAGUUCUCGUUUUGGUCGGUGCUUCCGUCGAGUUUACGCUAGCCGCUCGCGCUUGCGCACACUCGACCGCGGCACCCCGAAGAGUAUAUCUGUAACGUCGAUUCGAAAAUUUUUGAGUGAUCUCUUCUGUACAUAAACAAUACCUGCUCUUGUUUUUAACUCUGCUCAUGUAUUCUUUGUUAAAGUUCUUACAGCGAUUAUUUUCUUGAGUACAUGUCAAAUGUAUUAUUUUUUUAUAAGUUAAUAUUGUUUCUGAACAAAAAUUAAAAUGAAAGUUCACCAUGA